AUGAAAAUUAUUCACUUACAAUGUUUUGGCUCCGCCGGUCAACACAUUGGAUGGGGCGACACAUGCGCAUGAGCACCUUCCGCAAGCCUAUGGCGGUUCCUAAGCUGGGGGACUACUCGCUGGUGCAUGUGGAGGAAGCGCGUCGCUUUAUUCGGGACUGCUUGAAGAGGAUUGGCGUGCCCGAAUUAAAGCUGCGAUGCGUCAGCGAAUUUCUAGUGGCCGCCGACUAUCGUGGCAUAUAUGGCAGCGGCCUCUGCCAGCUCGAUAUCUACCUAAACGACCUGCGCCAUCGUCGUGCCAAUAUGGACGCGGAGCCGGAGAUCAUCCGUGAGACAGUGGCCACUGCUCAUGUGAAUGGGAACGAUGCCUUGGGCGUAAUUGUGGGCAACUUCUGCAUGAGCCUGGCAUUGGAAAAGGCGAAAACUGUCGGAGUCGGCUUUGUGGUUGCCAAUCGGUCGAAUAACCUUGGAAUUGCCAGCUGGUAUGCCCUACAGGCGCUCGACCACGGCUAUGCGGGAUUAGUGAUGUCCAAUGGGGCUCCGACAAUGGUGCCGCCGCGUUCUAGCGUGUCCAGCAUCGGUGCCAACUGCCUGGCCUUUGGCGUCAAAGGACGGAACUCGUAUUUUAUGCUGGACAUGGUCACCAGUAUGAAGGACAUUGGUUCAAUUGAAUGGGCCUUGACCAAACACGAAUACAUUCCGCACAUCUGGGCGGCUGAUGAGAGGGGCUAUUCCACGUGCUUUCCCAUGCUGGCCUUGCGAAAUCCGCGCCUAUCCUGUGCGGGUGCAAACAAGGGCUAUUGCCUCGCCGCCAUGAUUGAUCUGCUGUGUGGGGUCCUGUCUGGGGCAAACUACUCCACGCAGAUUCCCCCCUGGAGGUCAAACGUUAAGCGCCUAUGUCCCAACCUUGGCCAGAUCUUUAUCGUUAUCGAUCCCGACUUCUUCAUCCCGGAUUUUAUGGAUCGACUUGAUGACUUCACCGAGUGCAUCAAGAACAGUUCCCCCGCCAGCUUGGCGAAACCCAUCCAAAUGCCAGGGGAGCGAGAGAUACGCCAUAUGCAACUCGUGGAGAAGUUGGGGGCUCUGCCCUAUCACAACGCCCUGCUGAAAAAGUACAAUUCCAUUGCGGAUCUUUUCUGCAUCAAGCCCAUUCAGUUGUUCAAUAACGACGAUUAGCGGAAACCGGAACACUAGACGAAAAAUUUUGAUUUAUUUUGGAAGAAAAUAAUAAAUAAACCGUUUUUUUAGGUAUUUUUCUGACAUCAUGAAAAA